UCAAGUCGUCGGUGCCAGUGGAGCGCAGAUUCAGUUAAACAGUUUUCAGUCUCAGUUUUUUCAAGUGCGGUUCCGUCGGUUCAAGUCCCGAUACCAACUAAAUACAAAUAACUACACUCGCAAAAUGAAGAAGUUUUUCGUGGUGUUUGUGGCAUUAUUCGGAGCCGCUGUGGCCCAAAGUAGCUUUAAGUGUCCCGAUGACUUUGGAUUCUAUCCACACGACACGUCCUGCGACAAAUACUGGAAGUGCGACAAUGGCGUUGCCGAGCUGAAGACCUGCGGCAACGGUCUGGCCUUCGAUGCCACAGACUCUAAAUACCUCACCGAGAACUGCGACUAUCUGCACAACGUGGAUUGCGGCGAUCGCACAGAGCUGGAGCCCCCAAUCACCACUCCCCACUGCUCCCGCCUGUACGGCAUCUUCCCCGAUGAGAACAAGUGCGACGUGUUCUGGAACUGCUGGAACGGCGAGCCCUCCAGAUACCAGUGCUCCCCCGGAUUGGCCUACGAUCGCGAUGCUCGCGUGUGCAUGUGGGCUGAUCAGGUGCCCGAGUGCAAGAACGAAGAGGUGGCCAACGGAUUCUCCUGCCCCGCGGCCGGUGAGCUGGCCAACGCCGGAUCCUUCUCGCGCCACGCCCACCCCGAGGACUGCCGCAAGUACUACAUCUGCCUGGAGGGCGUGGCCCGCGAAUACGGAUGCCCCAUCGGCACAGUGUUCAAGAUCGGAGACAGUGAUGGCACUGGCAACUGCGAGGAUCCCGAGGAUGUUCCCGGAUGCGAGGAUUACUAUGGCGAUGUAGACCUGAAGGCUCUGAAAAAAUUGGGUUUUUAAAAAUACACACAGACCUCACAGCACACACACAAAAUUUAAGUCACGGCAGUUUGAGGCCUGAAAGUCAAUGCAGGAAGGCACGAAGAGAGGCGACAAAAGGAGCCAAGGAUGGCGAAGGAUCAGAAGGAAACCACAAUAACAGUGGGCUUAAAAUGCUUGCCACAGAUACACUCAGAAAAAAACAAGAGCCUGGACUUCUAUAAAAUAAUGCUCAAUGAGUACUGGAUUUACGUAUGCUAAUUAAAGGACAAUCACACUUUAUUAAGGCUGAAAUGCUUUAAAAUCUUAUAAAGCUGUUGCUCCUAAAUAAGUAAUGAUGCCUAAAAAUCAUAUUUAAAUUGGUCAAGUAUGUUCAAAAAUUCAAAAGUUAGGAAUUGUUCUCUUAAUUUCUUCCAGUGCAAACACACAGAUACACAAGCACACACAUACCACAGGCAUAAAAAAUAACGUAUGCACACAGAAUACAUAAGAAUCGUACAGUUGCUUUUAAAGACUGAGCCCAGAACAACCCCAAAAACCAACCGAUGGAGAAAUAGUCGAAAGUGCACCACAGCAUCUUUAAGUUGAAGUAAUAAUUAAAGAACCAAUUACAUUAGCUCCGGAUCGAAGCCCUUUUGCUUCGCAGGAAUUCUGAGAAACCUUUGAUGAGAACGCGGCGAAUUCCGCGUGUUCCAUGGUUACCACAGUGGCCGCAAGUCAAAUUUAACUUAUUUAACUAAAUACUCAAGAAACCACACUCACCCCGCCCACAAUGCCCAGACUCUCUAAUAACUUCAAUGUAUUGUACAUAAAUAGAUGCAGCUUAGUAUGUAAGUUAACAGCUAUGUAAAUGCGAAAUAAAACGAAUCUUUUUGUUUAAAAUUAAAAAA